ACGCUGGAUUGACGUGAGAAAUUCCACAUGUUUCAGCUCCGCGAUUGUUAACUUCGAUAGUAAUUAUUGAUGGAACCGAAUCACGAACCAUCUAGCGACAGUUAUGCUGCUGAUAUCGCUUCCAUCAGGCGAGCUCAAGUACGCAUUGAGCCGUUUGCGCAUAAAACUCCGGUCCUCACGUCAAAAACUUUAGAUUCCAUUUCUGGGAGAAAGCUGUACUUCAAAUGUGAAUGCUUUCAGAAGGGUGGAGCUUUUAAAUUCCGAGGGGCGUGCAAUGCUGUUUUUUCGCUUGAUGAUGAUCAGGCCACUAAAGGAGUUGUAACUCAUAGCAGUGGAAAUCAUGCUGCAGCGCUCGCUUUGGCUGCAAACCUACGGGGCAUCCCAGCCUAUAUAGUUAUACCAAAAAAUGCUCCAAAAUGCAAAGUCGAGAAUGUCAAACGUUAUGGUGGUCAGGUUAUUUGGAGUGAGCCAUCGAUGGAGUCUCGAGAGGAGAUUGCAAACAAAGUGUUGAAUGAUACCGGUGCUGUUCUUAUUCAUCCCUAUAAUGAUGGGUGCAUUAUAAGUGGGCAGGGUACGAUAUCCCUCGAGCUUUUGGAACAGGCUUCCGAAAUUGACACUUUAAUAGUUCCAAUUAGCGGUGGUGGUCUGAUAUCGGGAGUUGCGUUGGCUGCCAAGGCCAUUAAUCCGGGCAUUCUCAUUUUGGCUGCCGAACCAUUGGGCGCGGAUGAUGCUUUCCAGUCAAAGAUCAACGGCAGGAUUACUAAGUUAUCCGAGGUCAACACUAUUGCCGAUGGCCUUCGAGCUUUUCUCGGAGACCUUACAUGGCCUAUCGUCCGCGAUCUCGUGGAUGAUGUCAUCGUUGUUGAUGACGACGAGAUACUACAAGCUAUGAGACUUUGCUAUGAAAUUCUAAAAAUUGCAGUUGAACCAAGUGGAGCUAUUGGCCUUGCAGCUGUUCUUUCUGAUAGUUUUAAAAAAAAUCCAUCUUAUUGUGAAUGCAAUAAUAUUGGCAUUGUAAUUUCUGGAGGCAAUGUUGAUCUUGGUGUGCUUUGGAAUCUCCGAGGACGUGACCCUCGAUAGGAAGUUGUCAAGGAGGCGGAGUAUUGUUUCAAAAUGUCGUAUCGUUGGUUGUAUUACUCGGUGAAUCUUGUUUAUGGUGUUAUCGGGUGUGGUGAUUUUUAUUGUAUCGUGUCCUUUUACUGUUCCUUGUCUAGAUUGUUUUAUCUUGAGUCGGCGGUCUAUCGGAAACAGCCUAUCUAUCUCGCCUCUGAGGUAGUCGUAUGGACUGCGUACGCUUACGCUCUCUUGAUCCCGCAUGGUGGGAAUAUACUGGUAUGUUGUUGUCGUUGUUGCCGUCGUUUGUAUGCAAUGUCGCCCUUCAAUGGAACCAACUUUUGUAUGAAUCGUGUAUUCUCGUAGUUUCUUGUUCUUUGAUUUUUGGAUCGUAUUA